UUUGAUCAAUCGCGGCAAUAUUGUAGUCAUUUGCUCAGCUAUUUCUUUCAGUGUUUGCAUUGUACUGAGUGUUUGUUGUGUGCGAGUUUUCUCACCUUCUUUCAUUGUUUGUCGUAUAGGACACCGAAUUUUAGUAGUUCCUUACAAUGCGUUUUGUAAUCAAACAUGCUGGCUAUGGCAGCGAACGUGUAAGUACUCUGUCGGGAUUUGGCAAGGUAAAAACUGCCAGUAUUGAAACACCUACCGCAGCACUUCUUACACAGGGUGGCAGUGUUGUUCAUUUAACAGUAGAUGUUCUGGCCAAAGUCUUCUCAAAUCCCCAGUUGCUUUGGGUACCUCUUUCCAACUCUGCUCGACUUGAGGCGGGUGUGAGGGCACAAGGUGAAGGAGUAGCUAAAUUUUCGGGUCUACAAAACCAUAUUACUUGCGCCACUCUGCAAAAUGUCAGUGAAAUCACUCCAUCAGGACACUUUGAGACUAAUCUCGUGCCUAUGUGGACUAAAAAUGGCAAAAAAAUGAUAUCCGCUGAUAAGUAUAUGGAUAUAAUGGAGAUAUACAAACCUGAUAUCUUAUUAGCAAUUGCUGAUGAUCACAUAACUUUAAAAGAAGGUAAUAAACGGGUUAGUAAGGCUGUAGAAAGAUCAUGUUCACUAUUGGAUACUUGUGUGAAUCGUUAUUUGAAUUCAACGCAACUGAAGGAUUGUUCCCUUAUAGGUGUUAUAACUGGUACAGGAAUCAAGGAAAAAUGUGAACAUUGCAUAAAACAUAUACUCAAACACAAGGAACAUUUAAGUGGUGUGGCAUUAUCAGGUAUGACAGAUGGCUCAGAAGAAUCAUUACGAAUUCCUAUUGACAAGUUUGAAGAAAUUCUUAAAAGAAUAUGUGAAUCUGUUCCAAGUGAUCUUGUUAAGUUCAUAGAAGGCUGUUGGAGUCCUGAUAUCAUAAUGAAGGCCAUACAAUAUGGCUGGGAUGUGUUCGAUGGGUCUUAUCCUACGAAGCUUACAAAUGCUGGCUAUGCGUUAAAACUGAACUUUGAUUCACAUCGAAUUAGUGAUGAACUCUGUAUAUUAGACCUCAACAAUGAUCGAUACAAGGAAGAUUUCAGAGCAGUUUUGGAAGGCUGUGAGUGCCUAGCCUGUCGGAAGCACACAAGAGCUUAUAUUCAACACCUUUUGAAUACCAAAGAGAUGCUUUCAACAGUUUUAUUGAGCAUACACAAUCUCCAUCAUUUCGAUCAAAUGUUUGUCCACGCACGACGCCACAUCGCGUCUGGCACUUUUGAAGUUUACAAAGAACAUAUAAUCAAGCAAUAUGAAACGUACAAGCAGCAAGUGCUAAUUGAAAAUGACAUAGGAAAAGAUUGUGAAUCAGUGAAAACUACGAAGAAAAUUCGUGUAAGUGACGAUAUAACUGAAAACGUAGUUAGUGCAUAAGUAAUGUGUAUUUGUAGC